AUGGAUGGGGUCAACCCAACGGUCAUGGAUGGGAUCAACCCAGUGGCCAUGGAUGGGGUCAACCCAACGGUCAUGGAUGGGAUCAACCCAGUGGCCAUGGAUGGGGUCAACCCAACAGUCAUGGAUGGGGCCAUCACCAUGGCCAUGGAGAGGGAAUUCACCAUGGCCAUGGAUGGGGCCACACCCACGGACACAUCUGUGGUGGAGUGGAUCCCCACGCCCUACCGCGCCAUCACCGUGGCCAUCACCGGCUUCGCCUACACCCUGGGCCAGAUCAUCCUGGCCGGGGUGGCCUACGCCGUCCCCCACUGGCGCUGGCUCCAGCUCGCCGUGUCCCUGCCCUUCUUCGUCUUCCUCCUCUACUCCUGGUGGCUGGCGGAGUCGGCGCGGUGGCUCGUGCUCUCGGGCAGGGCCGAGCGGGCCGUGAAGGUGCUGCGGCGCGUGGCCGCCGUCAACGGCAGGAAGGAGGAGGGCGAGAAGAUCACGGUGGAGAUCCUGAGGUCCAACAUGAAGGAGGAGUUGGCUGCCCUCAAGUCCUCCUACACCGUCUCCGACCUGGUCCGGACGCCCGUCAUCCGGCACAUCUUCUUCUGCCUCUCCAUUGUCUGGUUCUCCAUCAGCUUCUCCUACUACGGGCUGGCCAUGGACCUGCAGAACUUCGGCGUCAGCAUUUACCUCAUCCAGGUGAUUUUCGGCGCCGUCGACUUCCCAGCCAAGGUGGUGGUGACCGUGUCCCUGAGCUACGUGGGCCGGCGGCUCUCGCUCGUGGUGGCCCUUUUCGUGGCGGGGAUGGUCAUCGUGGCCAACAUCUUCGUCCCCACAGAGCUGCAGACGGUGCGCACGGCGUUGGCCGUCAUCGGCAAGGGCUGCCUGUCCGCCUCCUUCAACUGCGUCUUCCUCUACACCACCGAGCUCUACCCCACCCCCAUCAGGUACCGCCAUCCGCCCAUCCAUCCGGCCAAGCGGAAGCCGGCGGGUGACCCCAAGGAGAAGAUCGCCCUCCAACCCCAGGACACGCCCCCCCAGAAGGAGGCCUGA